UGAGCAUGGCCUCGGUCGCGGCGUGGCUGCCGUUCGCCCGCGCGGCGGCCAUCGGGUGGGUGCCCAUCGCCACGCACCCCCUGCCGCCGCCGCCGAUCCCCAAGGACCGGCGGAAAGCCGACGACGAGAAGCUGCUCAUCAACGUGUCGGGGAGACGCUUCGAGACAUGGCGCAACACGCUGGAGAAGUACCCCGACACGCUGCUCGGCUCCAACGAGCGCGAGUUCUUCUACGACGAGGAGUGCAAGGAGUACUUCUUCGACCGGGACCCGGACAUCUUCCGGCACAUCCUCAACUACUACCGCACGGGCAAGCUGCACUACCCCAAGCACGAGUGCCUGACCAGCUACGACGAGGAGCUGGCCUUCUUCGGCAUCCUGCCCGACGUCAUCGGCGACUGCUGCUACGAGGACUACCGGGACCGCAAGCGGGAGAACGCCGAGCGCCUCAUGGACGACAAGCUGUCGGAGAACGGCGACCAGAACCUGCCGCAGCUCACCAACAUCCGGCAGAAGAUGUGGCGGGCCUUCGAGAACCCGCACACCUCCACGGCGGCGCUCGUCUUCUACUACGUGACGGGCUUCUUCAUCGCCGUGUCCGUCAUGGCCAACGUGGUGGAGACGGUGCCGUGCGGCCACCGGCCGGGCCGCGCGGGCACGCUGCCCUGCGGCGAGCGCUACAAGAUCGUCUUCUUCUGCCUGGACACGGCCUGCGUCAUGAUCUUCACUGCCGAGUACCUGCUGCGACUGUUCGCCGCGCCGGACCGCGUCAAGUUCGUGGGCUCCGUCAUGAGCAUCAUCGACGUGGUCGCCAUCCUGCCCUACUACAUCGGCCUCGGCAUCACGGACAAUGACGAUGUGUCGGGCGCCUUCGUCACCCUCAGGGUGUUCCGAGUGUUCCGAAUUUUCAAAUUCUCCCGCCACUCGCAGGGGUUGCGGAUUCUCGGCUACACACUCAAGUCGUGCGCGUCCGAGCUGGGCUUCCUGGUCUUCUCGCUCGCCAUGGCCAUCAUCAUCUUCGCCACCGUCAUGUUCUACGCCGAGAAGAACGUGGACGGCACCAACUUCACUUCCAUUCCCGCCGCCUUCUGGUACACCAUCGUCACCAUGACAACGCUUGGGUGA